GAUCACUUUUUAACUUUUUAAUUUUUGUUUUUUAUUCUUUUUCUUUUCAAUUUUCACAGAUUAUAAAUGUUACUAUGUUUGAUUGAGCUGAGGCAGUCUAAGGUUUAUCAUUUUUUGUUUCUUUUUUGUUCUAGUGGCCCCCAGUGGAAACAAUCCACUAACUAUAGGUUUUUGUGAUUUUCUGGGCUAGCCACUUUAAAUAUUUAUUAUUAUUAUUAUUAUUAUUAUUAUUAUUAUUAUUAUUAUUAUUAUUAUUAUUAUUAUAUAGCGUAUGAAAUUAUAAUGGUCCGUGAUUCUAUGUGCGAUUAUCUUACACCCUAAACACAUUAAAUACUUUACAUGUUCCAAUUUUUUAAAAAAGAACCAUUUUUAAGGAACUUGGUGUUCUUUAACAACUUAUUAAAACAUUGUUAUAAAAGCGGAAUGUAUUGUUCUAUUGUUACUCACAAGACAAGAACGUGUCGUUCCCAUAGGGAAUUUGAUGGAAUUUAUGUGACGGUAUAUAUCGUUCCACUCUAUUUGUUCCGUUGAAUUCUUUUAUAUAUCAUAACGAUAAUAUAUGCGAAAUGAUUAUCUUGAGGAAUAGUUAUUUAAUUAUGAAUACUCUGCAGUCUAAUUUAUAUUGUGCCACUUGAAAUAAUUCCGUUUUCGCUGCUACCUUAACUCUGCUAUGGAGAGCGUCCUUCAUUAUAAAAAGGAAUUGUUUUAAUGAGAAGUUUCUCAACUAAUACUUUGUAUACGAAGUAAAGUAUAAGAGAACUUUAAAGAAAUCGGAAUGACAAAACGAGUCUUGCAAAAGCCUGCGUGGAAAGAGGCAUUGGGAGCCUCAAUGAGAUCGAAAAGGCUUAAGUUAAUGCCUGAUAAAGAUAACCGCUUUUGUUGUCCUGUGGCUGAUUGUGACAGCGAGUCGUAUGGAAGUAAAAGAGGGUGUAGAAAACAUGUCUAUAACCGUCAUGGAUGGUUUUAUUAUUUCGAUAAAAGACCGAAUAUCGACGAAGUACUUCCCCACUUCAGUACGAGAAAUCGCAUAAAAGAUCCCCAAAGAAAGCGCGCCUCCACAUUUUCAAUGCCGUCUUUUGCUAAAACAUGUAAUUUGGCAGUUGCAUUUAGGACAUGGUUAAAAAGUCCAGGUGGUGGUGGUAAAGAUCAUUCUCAGGCCGAUCAAAUAACUUGUAAAGUUUUAAAGUAUGCCAAAUAUUGCUGCGAGGAUUCUCCUUCGGUAUGGGAAGUACCAUUCCCUGUUAUCGACUACUGUGUUGGCUCUAUUAAUAUGCUUUCUGAUUUCGUAGAUUUUUUGAGAGACCAAUGGAAGGUUGGCUUCUCAGGAAUAAUUGGCUACAUGAAUGCUAUUGGGCACAUGCUUGAUUACAGACGAAGCACAGGUACGACUGAAAAAAAUUUGUCGGUAUUUGUUGCUGCAGAGAUUUAUUUGCACCGUGUUAAGAAAUUCCUCCUUCGUAAAAUGAAAGCUGAAUGGAAGUGUAUCUUAAGUGUUGAAUAUCUAAACAGUAUAGACUGUUGGGCGACACUAUAUGAUUUACAAAAGGUGAUACCAUACCAUAGUGAAAAAUAUAAACAAAUUGUGUUAAAUGCUAAAAACGCAAGUGCAUGUGUCGCAGCACACGAUUUAUCAUUUUCGACUUCCUUCAUAGUAGCUGUAUUAUUUUUAAUGGUGAAGGCUUCAAGACCCAUGACGUAUCAAACUCUUACAGUAACAAUGAUUAAAGGCGUGAAAGAGGAUGGUUUUAUAGAUCAGAAUGUCUUUAAAACUGCGGAGAAAUACGGAUUUGACUCUCUUUAUUUUUCCAUAGAUGUACUCACACUAAUAAACGAAUACAUUGACAAUGUACGACGAAGAUUGAACCCCACCAACGAUUAUCUACUAGUGUGUCGAAAUGGUAAGCAGUUGACGCGUAUUUCGGACGUAUUCGGUAGAAUUGUUUAUCAAGCAAUUGGUAAGUAUAUAAAUCCUACACGAUAUAGGCAAAUCAUCGAAACCGAAAGUGUUGCACACUUAGAAACAAAAGAACAAGCAAUUCUUUCUCAAGAUCAAAAACACACGUCGCAGGUAGCUAAAGUUCAUUACCAGAAGACUGAAUCGCGCAAUAUAGCUGCAAAAGCCAGGUUAUGUAUGGAUAAAUUACGAGAUCAAACAACGUGUACUUUAACUGUAAGCGAAAUCAAUAGUAACACCAAAAAUGUGAAAACGUCUGGAAGUACUUUGGAACACGAAACACCUGUUCAAACGAGACAGAAAAAAGUUAGUUUUAGUGCCAUGGAGGACAAGUUUUUACAAGCUGGGCUACAAAAAUAUGGCAAUGCAAAAUGGACUUCCAUUCUCGCAGAUCCCAACUACUCCUUUCAUUGUAGCCGUAAAGCUAGUACAUUGGCGGUUAGAGCGAAGACAAAACAAUUUAUAUAAGUUUAAAUUGUAUUUAUAAUAAAAAUAACUUUGUAAAUUUACAAAGAUUUUUGAAAACCAGAAUAUUCAAAUAGUCUUUUAACUUUGUUACAGUCAAAACCGGCGUACACAUAAAGGCUUUUUUUCCUCUUUCGAUUUGGCCAAUAAUCUGGUGUAUUAAGUACCCUCGUGUGUGAAGGCGGUUCGCAAAAACUUGGUUCUCCCUUCAAAGCCGCUAUCGGUAUAGUUAGGAAAACUUCAUCAUCUGAUAAGCAAACAAUAUUUUUUUCCACGGAAAUUGCCAGCGUUGAACAGGAAUGCGAGAACGGUAAAACCUCCUUAGAUGCUGAGCAUUCGUUAUCCGAAACGUUUACCACAACUGCCUCUUCAUUCACCAUUUUAGCGUACACAUAAGCGUCCACACAGUUUAGGUGAAACUUACACGCUGUAAGCCUUUAAGUAUGCAAAUAAUGGCGCAAAUGCGACAUUCAUUAAACGCACACUCAUCCCCAUUCCUACUUAAAAUGACUAAAGUGAUUCUUGUAACACCUUGUAACGCAUGGACAUGCUGAUUGUAACGCCUUGUAACACGUUGUAACGCUUUGUAACCUAUUUCCAUGCAAAAAUGACUGUGAAAUUUUUGGAAAUGGCUAGAGUGAUUCUUGUAACGCCUUGUAACGCAUGGACGUGCUGAUUGUAACGCCUUGUAACACGUUGUAACGCUUUGUAACCUAUUUCCAUGAAAAAAUGACUGUGAAAUUUUUGGAAAUGGCUAGAGUGAUUCUUGUAACGCCUUGUAACGCAUGGACGUGCUGAUUGUAACGCCUUGUAACACGUUGUAACGCUUUGUAACCUAUUUCCAUGAAAAAAUGACUGUGAAAUUUUUGGAAAUGGCUAGAGUGAUUCUUGUAACGCCUUGUAACGCAUGGACGUGCUGAUUGUAACGCCUUGUAACACGUUGUAACGCUUUGUAACCUAUUUCCAUGAAAAAAUGACUGUGAAAUUUUUGGAAAUGGCUAGAGUGAUUCUUGUAACGCCUUGUCACGCAUGGACGUGCUGAUUGUAACGCCUUGUAACACGUUGUAACGCUUUGUAACCUAUUUCCAUGAGAAAAUGACUGUGAAAUUUUUGGAAAUGGCUAGAGUGAUUCUUGUAACGCCUUGUAACGCAUGGACGUGCUGAUUGUAACGCCUUGUAACACGUUGUAACGCUUUGUAACCUAUUUCCAUGAAAAAAUGACUGUGAAAUUUUUGGAAAUGGCUAGAGUGAUUCUUGUAACGCCUUGUCACGCAUGGACGUGCUGAUUGUAACGCCUUGUAACACGUUGUAACGCUUUGUAACCUAUUUCCAUGAAAAAAUGACUGUGAAAUUUUUGGAAAUGGCUAGAGUGAUUCUUGUAACGCCUUGUCACGCAUGGACGUGCUGAUUGUAACGCCUUGUAACACGUUGUAACGCUUUGUAACCUAUUUCCAUGAAAAAAUGACUGUGAAAUUUUUGGAAAUGGCUAGAGUGAUUCUUGUAACGCCUUGUAACGCAUGGACAUGCUGAUUGUAACGCCUUGUAACACGUUGUAACGCUUUGUAACCUAUUUCCAUGAAAAAAUGACUGUGAAAUUUUUGGAAAUGGCUAGAUUGAUUCUUGUAACGCCUGGUAACGCAUGGACAUGCUGAUUGUAACGCCUUGUAACACGUUGUAACGCUUUGUAACCUAUUUCUGUAGAGAAAACCGCUUUUCGCAUGUCACUUUAGAAAAGGAGUAUGUGAUGGGAUAUGAGGGAAGGAAAACGCAAAAAAGUUUUUUUUUAAUUGUCUUCUUCGUCCGAACUAAUGCAGAUAACAUCACAAUCGAGAGAAGUGGUUGAAUUAUCUGCGGAAAAUAGCUCUAAUUUUACUGAAGAAAUUUCAGGAACACUUUCAUCAUCUGACACGAGGUCUAUAAAAGCAGUACUGUUAUUUGCUGGACAAAACGGCAUAUAUUCUUGCUUAACAGUGGAAACAGGUUUUGUCGACUUAGCAUUGAUUUCAUGUUCUUCUGUUUCUUCUUCUUCCCUAUGACCUUCCUCCUCUUCGUUUGUUUCCUCUUCUUCUUCCUCGUUCUCUUCGCGGUCGUGGCUACUACCUUCUCCUUCGUCUUCGUCUUGCUCAAUUAGUUGUGCCCAAUCAGGGUAGAGCUCCUU